UGGUUCCAAACAUCUUCCACUUACGGAUGAUGGAGGCUGUGCUCAUUGGCCCUUUCAGAGCAACAAUCCUGUCUCGGAGCGCUGCUGGAAUGGCUCAGUUAUUGUGGGUAUUUCUUGUGCUUGCUGUAAUGGUCAGAGAUGCAUUCUCACAAAGGAUUAUCGGGGGUCAGGAGGUCGUGCCUUACUCCAUCAAGUACCAGGUGUCUCUUCAGGUGGACAGAAAGCAUUUUUGUGGAGGAACACUGAUUCAGCCGCAGUGGGUGUUGACUGCUGCCCACUGCUGGAGACCGGCCAGUGUGAUUCAGGUGGUGCUGAGUGAGCACAAUCUCGCUGUAGAAGAGGGAUUUGAGCAAGUUUGUACUGUGGCCAAAGUGUUCAGUCAUGUUGCCUACAAUCCGAAAACUUUUAACAAUGACAUCAUGAUUAUUAAGCUCACUGCUCCAGCACAGAUAAAUGCGUAUGUUCAGCCAGCGCUGUUGCCCACCGCAGACACACCAGAGUUGGCUGGAGGAAGCAGCUGCACUGUGAGCGGAUGGGGAGUGACGCGGCUUUACAACUUCUAUCUGUCACCUAUUCUGCGCGCGGUGGAUGUGGAAAUCUUCAGCAGCUGCCAGUUAUACUACUACUACAGAGUCAACGACAACAUGAUUUGUGCUGGCUCACGUUUCGGUGGAAAAGAUUCAUGCCAGGGAGAUUCAGGUGGCCCACUCAUUUGUGAUGGCUAUCUAGAAGGCAUUGUGUCGUGGGGAAUCGGCUGUGCUCUUCCGUACUAUCCUGGCGUCUACACAAAAGUGAGAAACUACAACCGCUGGAUCGACUGGAUCAUCAGCACUGAAAGCUGAAAAACAGGUUCAACUGAAUGAAGGAAGGAUUCCCCUUUUUUUUUUUUUUUUUUUUGCUGAAUCCAUCUUUCAAACCAUGUUUGUCUUUAAAAAUAGAUCCUACUUCAAGAACUGAUCCAUUCACACGAUUGCUUUUCAAAGUCCAAACUUUUAAAAAUGGAAUAAAUUUUUAUUUGUGUUUAAUAUGU